AUGCUUCCUCUACAUGAUAUUUCAGUGGUAAUCGUAUUGUGGGUUAUAUUGGUUGCCGCACGCUCCAUAGCUCCACGAGUCGACCAGAUUCUCUUCUGUGUCCUAUAUUCACUGAACCCGAAUGCGGCUCUCUACUAUAUUCUUAAGACAAUUGCUGACCACAAACAUAGCGAAGUCGAAUUGUCGUGGUCUAAGAGCUUUGAAGGUUUCACACUCCGUUUCACCCCUGGGGCCGCGUUAGUAAUGCUGCUGGUGGAUGUAAUCUGGAUGAGCAUGGCAACACUGCUGUUUGAUUUCAUGUUCAGUGAUAGCGACUUCACGCUUUUCAAACUACCGUACCGCAAGAAGUACCUGGGUGGGUUUGACAUUAAUCCGGAGCAAAAUGAUAGUAAAAAAGAGAUCGACGAAGGAUUGUUGAAAACACAAGCAGGUAUUUCGGUGCAGCGCCUUGUCAAGGUAAGGCUUGAUGUUUCGUAG